AUGGCCCCCCAUCACGCCCGAAGCGUCGCUCCGCGCGGCGAACUCUCCGAGGAGGGCGCCAAGGGCAUAAAGAUUGUCGUCCCCGCAGUCAUCGGAGCUAUCUUUGGCAUGGCGCUCGUGGCGAUCAUCAUCAUCUGGGUUAUUGCUCGGUCACGGAUGAAGCGCCGCGAGAACAAGUUCUGGAAACAGGCCGAGGCGCGCAACUCGAUACGCCAGAGCCGUAUGAUGGUGCUCUCUGAACAGGGCAGCCUUGCCACGCGCGACAGCUAUGCGACGCUGGACUCGCUAGCAUCGGGCACGUCGGGUUCGCAAGUCUUCAACUCGACGCUCAUCCCAUCGUUCCCGUCUGAGCGCAGCCUGCGCGCGAGCAUGAUGAGCUUGAACUCGUCCUACUCGAGCCCGUACGACUCGAGCCCUCUGGCGAGCAGCUCGACGACCUCGCGUCUCGACGACCCGUGGGACACGCGCUCGGACGCUGACCCAGGAGAGGGAGUCCCUAUGCUCACUUCCAAUCGCUCUCCUCGUCCGAGUCUGGCCGUCAACGCGGGUUCGAACAAGGUCCCAGCCUACGACGAGACGUAUGAGUCCUCAUCCCAGUACCCGCAGGUGAUCGUGUCCGAGCACUCUGAGGCCCGUGGCGUACCAGAGCCUUCGACCAAGAUGGGCCAGUACUCAACCGUCAACAGCUCGGAACCGUCUAGAGAGGAUGCCAUUGCCGCUGCUGCAGCCCAACUCGAGGGCCACGAUUACGAGUAUUCGCAAGCCAUUGCCAACGCAGCCGCUGCUGCUAGCAAGGACGCCGUGGGCCCGAUCUCCAGCAGCACGAACGAGGUUGUGCGCAGCGAUGGCGGCCAUUUCGGGGCACCCACCAUCACCCAGGUCUCGCCGACUAUUCCGAUCCGCCAGUCGAGCAUCUCUGCCGAGGUCGUCGGAGCCAAGGCCUAG